AUGUCCAUGGCGACGACAGACCCUUUCCGAUCACACCUCGCCGCCCUCCUCUCCAUCUACGAGCUUGGUCCUUUACCAAGUGCGCCUAUCCCGCGGUACGAUGGGCCCGCAGACUGGCAGACGGAGAUGAUCUUGAAGAGUUUGGGUGUGGUUGCGAAAAGGAUGUGGGAUGCUGAGGCUGCUGUUGUAUCGAUCGGCGGUAUCAGUAAGGGCGCGAAGUUGAAGGGAGAUGACGAUGGCGAUGAGUGGAAGACAGUGAUUAAGCAAGCGGAAGAGAAGGAAGAUGGGACGAUUACGACGACCAAUGGUGAUUCUACCACUACCCACCAUGACCACUCAGCGGACCGUACUCCACGUGCGAAAUCCCAGAACUUAUCGACAGCUGCACGAGUAAACGGAAUGACCAUAUCACUCGAUGACAUUCCCUCCUCCAUCGACCCCUCAAAGGCCUUUUCUCAGGCGUACGGCUCCAUGAAAGCCGCUUCCUUCGUCUCCCACCCUCCCAACUCAUCCUCAGCCCCACCAACAGCCCAUGCCCACUGCCCAACAUGCGGCAAAACCGUCUCUGACCCGCUUAUCAUGCCCUUCUACGCUUCCUCCUCCUCCGCCUCCUCCCCUGACGUGCCUCUUGGGUCUAGUCCACUGGUCAUACCAAUGGGCCCAUUGGCAGCCGCGGCGUUUGAGAGUGGGAUGAGCGCCGUUGAGGAGUUGAAGCUUUUAAAGGCGCAGGUGCAGGAUGUAGCGAGGGUUUGUAAUGCUGUUGCGAGAGGGGAUUUGAGCCAGAAGAUUACGGUUCCUUUGCAGGGGGUUGUUAUGGUGCAGUUGAAGGAUGUUAUCAAUACUAUGGUUGAUAAAUUGGGACAGUUUGCUAAAGAGGUUACGCGCAUUUUGCAGGAGGUUGGGACGGAAGGUAAACUAGGCGGUCAAGUGCUCGUUCUAGAUGUCGAAGGCACAUGGCGCGAAUUGACGGGUGUUGUGAAUAAGUUGGCAGCAAAUUCGACUUCUCAGUUCGUCCGUACCUUUCACGCUUCUUCUCUCUUCACAUUUCACUACAUCACUAUCACCUCGCAUCCCCUCACUUUGCCAUUCCCUUUCCCGACAUUCUAG